UCUCACUUCCUUCUCCAAUCUUCUUUCUUCAUUCUCCUCGGAGCUUUGCUCGUUAUUCUUCUUUUUCUUUUCUUUUUUUCGUUUCGUUCGGAAAACGCGUAGGCUGUGCCGUCGUUUUUAGUGGGUGGAUGGGAACGACGUCGUGUGAGUACGUGAGCUGGGAGGAGGUGUUUAUGUCGAACGACAAGGGGAGGAGGGAGGUUCAUUACUUGCUUAAACGACGAGGCGGUGGCUCGGAUCUGGCCGUUUUGGGAAAAGAGAAGAGCCUCAAACACAUGUCGUAUCGCUACGCCAUUCGAAACACGUCGUCGUUUCGGCCUUACUUUAAGCUCAGGUCGCGCAGAGAGGUUGUUAAUUGGUUGGAUUCAAUUGUUUCAGAUUCGUCUUCUGGGGAUGCGGCUAUGGUGGGAAAACAUGGUUAUGAACCUGAAAUUGGAGCCUUGAAGGAUAAUCAAUUGCAGAGGAUGCGCAAUUGUACAAAAGAAUUCUCAUGGAUAGGGUUGCCAUGGGCGUGUAAGAAAAGAAGAAAGCACUAUCAGGCAUAUAAGAGAAAUGGUUUUCAGAUAUCCGUGCAUGAUUUUAUAUUUGUUCUGGCAGAAGAGGACAAGCGUCUAGUUGCCUACUUGGAAGACCUUUAUGAGGAUUCCAAAGGCAAUAAGAUGGUUGUGGUGCGCUGGUUUCACAAAAUUGAUGAGGUUGGUAUUGCUUUGCCUCACAGUUUUAGUGACAGAGAGGUUUUCUUUUCUCUUUAUCUUCAAGAUCUGAGUAUUGAAUGCAUAGAUGGAUUGGCUUUCGUCCUCAGUCCUGGGCAUUACGAAAAGUUUCAGAAUGAGGCCCGUUGUACUCACUUAGAGCCAUUCAUCUGCAACCACCAGUUCGAUAAUGAUGAUGUGAAACCCUUUGAUAUAACACAGAUUAAGGGUUAUUGGAAACAGGAAAUUCUCAGGUACAUGUAUACCCAAUUGGACUCGAAGUCUAGUGGGAGUUCCAGGCAAUCAGAUGAUGACCUGGAACUUGAUGAAAAUCAUAUGACUACCGUUUUUAUCAGACCUAAGAAGAGGCUGCGCCUUACCAAAGCAGAUGAUGCCAAAGAAGCAGUUGAUUUGGUUGGCCUUAAAACAGAAAAUGUGAAUAACAGUAAGAAUAAUACCAAAAUCAAUACUGGAAACAAUUCUGGGAAACUGAUUGGGCACACAAACAUGACAGCAACCAUUAAAGGGACAAAUGAACAUGCUUCACACCAUUUAGUUGUAGGUUCCCUAGUCGAGGUCCUCUCUCAAGACGGUGGGAUGAGAGGAUGCUGGUUCAGAGCUUCUGUCAUUAAGAAGAAUAAAGAUAAAGUCAAGGUGCAAUAUCAAGAUAUUCAGGAUGCUGUCGAUGAAACCAAGAAGCUUGAGGAAUGGGUUUUAGCUUCCAGAAUUGCAGUGCCUGACAACCUGGGUCUUCGAAUGCGUGGGAGGACCAUGGUCCGGCCAGCUCCACCAUCCAACAAACGAGAACUAUCGUGGGUCGGCGAUGUUGGUUUUGUUGUUGAUGCUUGGUGGCAUGAUGGAUGGUGGGAAGGCAUUGUUGUUCAAAAGGACUCGGAAUCUAAUUGUCAUGUUUAUUUCCCAGGGGAAAAAGUGGUGUCGGUAUUUGGUCCUGGUAACUUGAGAGAGUCUCAAGAUUGGGUGGGGAAUGAGUGGGUAUUUGUGAGGGAAAGACCUGAUCUUGUGGCUUCUGUUUUAUCUAGCUUGAAAACAAAACAAAACUCAUGCAAAUCCAAUUCCAAUAACAUCCAAUCAACUGGAGCAAUCACCAGAGAUGGAAUACAAUUUGGGCAAUCGGAUACUUGCUUGGAUUCUGAUAAGGAUAGACCAAGAAAAGCUGAAGUGGUUCCAGACCUUUUGAAGAAUGUUUUGUCAUCCCAGUUAAGGUGGAAGACCACCAGAAAGAGGAAACGUGGAAGAAGCAGCGCCUCAUAUCAGAAGCCACGGUGCACUGACACCCAUCAGAAAAGGUCACCGAAUGUUAUGAAAUCAAAUGCUCCUGACAGUUUUUUGAUCCCGGCAUCAUUGAAAGUUGAUCAUGAUGACUGCAAGUAUGUUGGGGAUCCUUCCAUCUUCAGUUCUUCAGUUGUGCCUUCUUUAACUAACAUGGUUAUGUGUAGGUGACUCCAUGAUUCAUAUCUUAGUUUCCGGGUUCUUUACUUCUCUCACUCCUUUGCUUUUAAGUACAUGUAUUUAGCCCCUAAACCUUAGUGCAUCUUUUCGAUGCCUGUCUUGUCCAGAUCUUCACGUCCAGUAUCUAUUCUCUUCGUCCAUUUCCUUUGAUAACAGAGAAAUUUAUCUUAGGUUAGUCUUUUUCUUUCCCACCUUUCAUUAGUUUUGUGGUUUGUGGCAUCGAAGCCAAGGAGGCAAGGAUGAUGCCAUACAAGUUUUGGCAUAGGAAAAAGUGUAACGUAGUGGAAUAACCAAGGGUGGCUUUGACUUAUAGGAUAGAUUGUGUUCUUUUCAUAUAAAAUGAUCCAAUGUAAUUUGUGUAAAACUUUCUAUAAGAGUAGCAAUUUUCUUGUUCUUUUAUAUUUUGAGCUGAA